UCUAAUAUGGAAAUGUAAUGAAACUCAGGUCGCAUCACCUCGCCUGAUUCGCAGAUAGAAAUAACCGCAACAUUUUCCACAAGGCCAACCAAUCACAAGUCAUUUUUAAUCCUUCCGCCUUCAGUCAAAUGGGUGUGAUGAAAGUAUCAAAUGUCUUCACUCCUCCACAGAGCAUCAUGAUGAGCUGGACGUAUGUCUUUCUUCCCGUCAUCUUGGGUGCUGUUGUGUCCUGUCAGGACGUACUCUCUAACCCAGUAGUGGAGCUGACCGUGAGGCCAGGGGAAAACGUUACUCUAUACUGUGACUGUAACCAAACAACUAAUGUAAAUAUUGUUUGGUACAGGAACUGUUCUCAUGAAAAUCAGCCAACACUAUCUCUGAAUUGGAAGGACAGAGCUGAAGGCAUUUUUGAUUAUGGCGAGGAUGGAGGAAAUUUCUUCCAUUUAAAUAUGAUGUUUAACGAUUCGUCAAACUCAUACGACUUACUGAUUAAGAACAUCAAUGAUUCUCACCUUGGUCUCUACUACUGUGGAACUGAAGAACUGAAUGGGGAAAAAGGAAACAAGAAAGAAUAUAUCUACACGUAUGGUAAAAUAAUCACAAGGAUUUUGUUUGAUAUCCCUUUAGAUGCCGGUGCUGUAGACCCUGCUGCUCCAGAGUGUGGACAGUGUUGGAUGCUGCUGGGCAUCCUGUGUCCCUGCUCUGCUUUUCUCCUCUCCCUCCUCUCAUCCUUGGUCGUCUACCUCCGCUGCAGAAGGAAAGAUGAAGACCUCCAUGUUGCUCAGACAUCACCCAGCAGUAGAGAUGUAACAUCAAUCAGGAACCAGGAUGAAGUUGGCCUGUGUUACGCUACACUGGAUAUCCCUCUACGUUCUCAGAGACCUAAAAAGAAGAGAGUCCAACCCUCAGAGUUCAGCACCUACUCAGCCAUCAAUACUAAGAGGAUGUGACCAUGACCAAGUCUUUAAUACCAAUACAGGGCUCUACUUCCUCAAUAUGACCUCAUCUUUGUGCUGUCAAGAGGAGGCAGA